AUCUGUUGCGUUAUAGUUACGUAAUCGAUAACACCGAUUUGAGAUUAUAUACAUUCUUAUACUUUUACGCAUAAAUUUAUCUUGUGUAACAAGCAAAGAUACUAAAGCUCCUAUAGUUCUAUAUAGUACACGUAACAUAAACUGUAGAAAUAUCAUUGUCUUCGAUUGUAACUUAAUCGGACGAUUAUUCCACUGAAAUUGACAAAUCGCAUUGUUAGAAACGUUGACAGUUAAGUAUGUAUAUAUAUGUGUAUAUUAGAACGUAGGCAUAAUUUUUUCGCAAUAUAGUGUUGAUGCUGAUAUAAUAGUAUUAGAUAAAUUCAUUAGUUUAAAGCUAGUAAUCUAAAGAAAAGAAUAGAAAAGUACAAGAAAGAGAGAAAAAGGAGACAGACAAAAACAAAUAGAAAUAAUAGAUAUUAGUGACGGAGCGCGAGGAGGAAGAAAGUAGCGCUGGAACGACGAUCUCAUGUGUUGCGGUCGAUAUUUUCAAACAUUGAUAUAACAGUAUACAUGGAUCCUCAAAAGAUCUUUUUAUAGUUUAAGUAUCCAAACGCCGCUCAUUGCAAAUGACACGGCAGUAAUUAUCAAACAACGUUAUCGCUACUAUGAUGAUGCACGGUAGCAAGAUAACCUGCUUGAGAGACUUAGCACUACAAUUAAUGGCGCAGGUGGACGAAGGUUUGUUUUCAUUAAAUGAUCGACUAAAGAUUUUCAUGUAUAUUUUAUCAGUAUAUAUAUAUUUUAUCAAUUUGCUCGUAAUAUCAUCAGGAUAGACGCAGACAAUAUAUAGGCCAAUAUUUCAUAGUCGAAUCUUACAUUUAAGAUCGUUCAUUUCAAGAUGCUUCCAUCUUUAGAUGUUCUGUAGCCAAUAGAAUGACUCGUGCAACAUUUUUAAGAUAAACUUAAGACGGUCUUAAAUAUACGAUCGGACUAUGAAUACCAUUGAAAUAAAUCCCGAUAAAAAAUUUUUCAUAUAUACUUGUACACAAAUUAAAAUUAUUAUAUCUAAUUAUGCAAAUUUAUAUGUGUGUGUGCCAAAUAUGUCAAUACAAUUUUAUACAUGGAAAAUUUUUUACCGGGAUAGAAAGUGACUUGUAAGAAAUCUGACAUUUUAAAGACCCACACGAGAUGGCCGUCUCCUUUACAUAUUUAUUUUUUAAACUUGACAUAUAAUAUAUGAUUUAUAUUAAGUGCUUAAUUAAUGUACCUUAUUGUGAUGAAAAAUUUAAUUUAAUUGUAUUUUUAUUUACAUACUUUAUAUUUCAUUUAUCGACUUCAAAAGGAGGUAAAACCUAUGGUAGGACAAAACAAAAAAAGAUUGAACAAUUAAUGAGGAGAAAAGAGAAGUGGAAGAAAGAGAAAUAAAAAAAGUAAGAAAGAGUAAGAGAGGAGAUAUCUAUAAUAUUUGAGCAAGAAUGACUGAGUCAACUAAAAUAUAUGAAGCGUAUUGCUCGAACCGUUCAACUAAAAUUAAGAAAAGAGUGAAAUAUAUACACCUCUUAUUUCAUUAUAUCAAAAAGUUGUCUUGAUUUCUCACGAUUGGACAAUAAAGACAUUCAUUUAUGAAUGGAAUAAAUUGUAUAUUGUUCAUAUCGUUACCAAUACAAUAUUUUUAAUUAAAAAAGAAAGUAUAAGUAGUAGUUGUACUUGCUUUAGCAUUGGCAAAAAUCAAGCGAGCAAAUGAAAAAUCAUAUUUAAAUUAAGAGAAAGAAAGAGAGAGAGAGAGAGAGAAACAUGUAAAACUUUGCAUUAUUUUCUAUUAUUUUCCGUCACUAUUGUCUUGUGUGCAAAACUUUUUCGAGCUGCACAUAAAAUAAAAUACAGAAAGAGAUGAUGUAAUCAAAACGAACACACUUUGUGCCAUUUUACAAAUCAAUCGGAGUUACAUAAAAAUUCCUAGAAAUUGCAAGAAGUUACAUGAGAUCGGCUGGAAUACAAUAUCUUGCGCGUAAACUCGCGAAUAUGAUAUGAACGCAACUCUAUAUUUUUGCGACAUGGUUUUGCACUACAUACAUCGACAUCAGGCACAAGUAACGAUCUAACGCAUGUUCUCGGAAGAAAGUAACGAUCGAACGCUUUACAUGUACGUAUCCAGAUACACAAUAUCCGGUCGUUGCGAUUAAAGAGAAGGAAGAGAAGAAGGAGGAGAAAAAGGAAGAGAAGGAGAAACUUGCGCAAGACAGGAAACGGAGGGAAACGCAGAUUAGUAUUUUAUAGUAAAAUUUUCCGCAAAUUUUUACAUAUGUAUAUAUUUCUAGUACACAUCCGAAAGAAUAGUCUUAUGUAAAGACAAAACCUAUAUGGCAAAAAAAGAAUAUGGCGGUUUAUUACCGCGACUGUUGUAGGCGCUUGUAGAUCGCUUCCAUUGGGAGUAGGCGCAAAUACGUUCGCACGGCAUGCACGCACGCACGCACAUUUAUAUACGAACGCGCACAUCCGCUCAGACUCGGUAUUUCCGUAACGUAAACCGGAAUUUGUUAAGGCCACGCAGUCAACACGCUGUAACACGGGGACACGUCAAAGAGAAGAGGUGUUGUUGCGAUUUCAUUACGAUGACAGCAACCCACCGAUUGUUGGACCACGCGCGCUCUGAUAAAAGUUUUUAAUUGUCGCUAGUAAGAAUCAAGUAGAACGGAUGGAGAGACGUCGUUGUAUUCUCGUAUUAUCGUAAACCACAGCGGCGCGACAACGAGUGUUAAACAUAAUCGUAAUUUUUAAUUUCAUCAGCGCAAAGAGAAUGAACGGAAACAUAGAUUGCUGAUAAAUAAUUGUUCCUGCGGUGCGCCAUGUUCUCCGCGGCGAGCAAGGGCGAGCGAAGAAAUCUGCGCGGAAGCGCGCGAUUUUCGUCCAAGAUGUCGGGAAGACUGUCUCGGCUACGUGCAUUGCGACCACGAUCGCAGCAGCAACGUGUGAGGACGGCCGUUAUUGCAGAUGCGACGCGCAAGCUAGAAGCUAACCUUAAAGAGAUGACAACGAGUCACGAAGAGGAGAACACAGUGGCGAAGAAAUGCGAUCUAAAAAGAACGGAGAAGGGCGCGGACAUUGCGAACACAGUGAGCGAGAUGGAUGACAAUGACGACGACGAUGAGCUGACGAUGAUCACUACCGAGAAGAAUGAAGAGGCGGUACGGGACGACGACAUCGCGAUCAACUCAGAGGAAACGACCAAUUUUGAGACGAGUCAGCAAGAUUCUUACGAGUGCAAGAGUUGCAAGCCUUCAAAAACGCUGCCCAAUAUGACGGCCUACCUCGAGCAUCUCCAAAAAGAGCACAAAGGUAAAAACGGGCACAAUCCAGUCGAAAAUCAUUGUCCUGCGUGUUCAUAUGUCGCAUUGAAUGUGAAAGAUCUUGAAAAUCACCAAAGACUGCAUCAUUUGAAAAGAAAGUUUUUUCGAUGCGCAAAAUGCGAUUACAUGACGCAUAUCAGAGCUCGUUAUACUAAGCAUGUUAAAUAUCAUUCUAUGCCAAUGAUCAAGUGCGAUGCUUGUGAUUUUAGUUCAGCAUAUAAGUGGAAUCUAGAAAGACACAUGCGGAACCAUGGAGGUGGCGGUGCUUUCAAAUGUCGAGCAUGUAAUUUUACUGCUGAUAUUCGUCAGAGCUUAACAGUGCAUGAGUCAUAUCACCAUGAUCCACCGGUGGGUCAGGUCAGCCGCAAAAGCAAUAAGUUUGAACGUAAGCCACGAAAUAGUCCAAAGCGUUACAAUCAGGUUGGAGCAAGUGACUUUCGAGAAGUAUUAAAUAAAACUGGAAACACAACCAAUUCUGCAGACUCGUUUAUAGAUCAUUCAUUAAUCUCUAUAGAUGAUAAGAAAAGUGCCCUGGCCAGUGCCGAGUGUAUUGCAUUAAAAUGUGAGGAGCAAGGCUGCCAGUUUGUAACAGCUUGGGAUUCCGAAAUGCAACGUCAUUUAGCCGAAAGCCACACGCCACCUAAGCCGAAAAAACCACUGCCAUCAUUAAUUCCAUUAAAUAUAGCCAGCUCAAAGCCCAAUACCGCCAGUAGUGGACCGCCUUCAACCUUAUUGAAGGUUCCGCGUGUCAGAGUGAGACCUGAAUUGGCACAAAUCGCAAGGAAUACUGAACUGGCAAAGAUGUACGGAAAUAAGCAGACUACUAAUUCAAAGAGGGAUCUCAAUAAUGCCGCUGAUAUGUUUGAGAAAAAGAACGCUUCGUUUUUCGAUAAACUAAAGGAAAAAUUAACAACGUCAUCGUCGAUUAAUAAUGGCGUACCAGAGGUAGCUGUAAGUAGCGUGAACGAUUUGAAAUGCUGGUGUACAUUUAAGGCUAGUAGCAUGGAAGAGCUGGCUUGCCACAAACAAACGCAUCAUACCGCGCUCAGCGUAUCUGUGGGUACGACACGUUGUCCUAAAUGUAGAAGACGUUGCAAAAGCACCAGUGAUCUUCAAGUGCAUAUGCAGUGCUGCCAUUUGCGCAACAGUUCAUCGUCCAUCGAUAAUAGUUUAGAUAAAGUAACCAAUUGUUCGGACAUCUGCAUGACUUCGUACACUGGUGAACACGCUUCUCCACCACAAAUGGAUUGGGACGUAAAUUUUAGAGGACCAAAGUCUUUGGAAUCUUCGGUUGAAGGUGCUCCGAUACAUCCGGGCGGGCGACGGGUAUUCAAAUGUCCUCAUUGUCCAUUUUGGGCUUCCACCGCAAGUCGCUUUCACGUUCAUAUAGUCGGUCAUUUAAACCGAAAGCCAUUUGAAUGUUCUAUGUGCGCGUAUCGUUCUAACUGGCGAUGGGACAUCACAAAACAUAUUAAGCUUAAAGCAGCUAAAGACGCAGUGCAUAUGACCGCCAGAGUACUCAUGACGGAUGAAACAGGUCGACGGAAUUAUUCCAAGUAUAACAAAUAUCUCGCACAGGUAGAGCAGCAGUCAUGGGAUGAGGAUCAUAUGGAAGAACGUAGUACAAGAGAAAUAAACUCGGAUGAACCGCCAACAAAAGUGGUGAUUGUGGAUAAAGAAUAUAGCUCAACUGUUGGUCACUCGCAAUCUUCUGUUACAAUUUUACCGUCGAACGAGGCAAAUCAGAACAGUCGUAACGUGAACGUGAGUUUACGUCCUCCGCCACCGCUAAAGGCAGCGGUUAAGAGUCGCGGUCAAUCUCUGUUGAGAAACAAUCCUAUUACGAUGCUUACUGUUAAUGAUAAUGGUCCGAUUGCUACAGCAACAGACGAAAACAAACGUACUCAGUGGAAAUGUAAACGCUGCAAUUACCGAGAUUGUAACAAAGAAAAUGUGUUGUUGCAUGUUAAAUCUCACUACGAAUCCACCGAUCAACAGUUUACUGAAGAAAAGAAUCCGUUUGGUUGUAGUGAUUGUCCAUUUUCAGCGUCGGAUGCUGCCACUUUGUCUCUUCACAGGAUACAUCAUCGACCAAACUUAGAAGCCAUAUUUAAAUGCUAUCUUUGUCCAUACUACGUUAGUACAAAGGCAGAACUGCUGGAUCACGUUAGACUUCACGGGGAAGAAUUAGCAGCUAUUCACAAACAAAACAUAGAUUUCGAGUUAAGCUCCAAAUGUAAACAACAACAAGUGUCAAUUUCUGAUGGCGGCGUUGAUUGUUCGAAGGAUGAAACUACUUUUAUGGAACAAAUGAUUCAGAUAACAUCACGCAAUAAUGUAACGUUGGCUUCGAAAAACGCAGGAGUUCCACCACCGCCACCGUCACUCCUUCUGGACACUCGCGCUCUUCCAGAUGUUCCAAUGGUCUGGGUAUCACGGCCAGACGGUACUCUGUCGAAAAUGCUCAAGUGUCGUCACUGUCCAUAUGUUUCGUCUCGGCGUGCGGAAGUGCGCGAACAUGAAACAAUGCACGUAGAUACGCCUACGCAGACUCCUUCGAUCGCUUGCACGGACUGCAGUUUUACCUGUUGGCAUCGAGACAUCAUGAUCGCACAUACAGAAAUGCAUGCAGGAUCUCUGGGUACUGUUCACUGUCUUGUGGAUGAAACACGACCUGAUGCCCAACAAGCAAGCGAUUUGGCGACUCUGCUCGGCAUGACACACACUCCUACGCUAGGCACGGAACCUGAUUUAGAGGAAUUUCGUCUAGUCCAUUGUUGCGGUAAAUGUCCGGCGCGAUUUCUAUGCGAAAAAGAGCUGCGCAUCCAUCUGCGCUAUCAUUCUACCGAAUUGGCAUACUCGUGUCAAUGGUGUACGUACGCAGCGCGUCAGGCGACGCAUCUACAAGCUCAUCAAAAAGCUCAUUCGACGGAGUAUCAGGAGCGCACGAAAUAUUUAUUAUCCGUGUAUGGAUUCUCGCAGCGUUAUCCGCCACCUGCGACAGCAUGCGUCGAGGCAGAGACUCAGGAAAGCAAUGAUGGCACAUCUAAUGUCGCGUGGAUUGUUGUCGAGAUGAACGAUAAUGCAAACAAUUCGUACGGCAGCGCAAUUACCUCUUCAUUGCCGUCCGUUCAAAGAACCGGCAAUUCGCAGCAAGUAUUCACUUGCGCAAAAUGUCCAGCGCGCUAUUUCAAAUUGGAUGCUCUGGAGUAUCACAUGACGCUUCACGGUUCAAAUAAUCGAUUUAAAUGUAACGAUUGUGAUUAUUCGUCGAAGACCGCGCAGAAUCUGGUAAAACAUCAAGUGGUACACCGACGACAUAACGAGACCAGCGAAGUAACAACGUCAUCAUCUGUUACGAAUGUUUCUUCUUCCGCUUCUGUCUCCGUCGCUUCAUCGUUACACUCUUCGCCAGAUCCGCAAUUCGGUAUCUUCAUGCGUGGAAAUCCCAACUUUGUCUAUCCAGGUUAUUUACGAAAUGGCCGUUUAAAAGAAAAACGUUAUAAGUGCCAUAAGUGUCCGUCCGCUUUCGAGAAACGCGAACAGUAUAGAGUCCACCUGACGUUACAUGGCGCCAAGCAACGCUAUCGCUGUAACAUGUGCGAUUAUUCAGUUAAAUACUACGCAAAUUACAUACAACACGUAAAAAAACAUCAGGCAAAUGCACAGGCACAGGCAUCGCGCAGACAAUUUGAAGAUGAUCGGAUCUCUAUUGACAGCGAUAGUAUCGCCGAUAUAGCUAUGUCAAGCUCGCGUUCCAGCAAGUCUUUACGAUCGUCCGCAGUCUCUAUUAAUGGGAUUGUGACAUCAUCUUCCGGUAAUAAUAACGCAUUCGGUGUUGCCAACAACAACGCUGUCCUACAGUCAUCCAAUCAAGACAAACAAACUCUAUUGUUGAUGCAAAAAAAGGGAGUUAUCUCGUUAACAGGUGAUGCUGACGUAAAUACGAUCCGCUGUCAAAGUUGUCCGUUCUUCACAACUGACAAGGAUACUAUGGAUAUGCACAAGCGUCGCCAUGGCAUUGACCGUAUGACUCCUCCGUGUCCAUAUUGUGACUACAUUCCGCGCAAGGAUGAGAAUGUCAAUGAACACAUCCAGCUACAUUUUACGAGACUGUACAAGCCAGAGUCGUAUCUUAUUGUCGAGCUGUUAACGUUGACAAUCGAGAAGGUCUCCAUUAAUAGCAAAGAGGAUAAGAAUGACAGUCAACGGAUAAAAGAAGUCCUGUUUAAAGAAUGUGCUGACGGUAGAUUUUUGCCGCUUGCUGAACCGAACUCUCUAUCACUAGGUACUUCUUCGAUUGUGAAUACUCUUAAAGAAAAAAUCACUGUAGAUCCAAACACAGGAGAGACUAAACAUCAUCUUGUAUAGAGCAAAUUUUUAUCUUCAUUUCGCGCAGACAAUUAUAUUUGUACAAAUUUUUUUAUAUAGAAAGAAAUUGGCCCAAAAUUAGUAGACAAAAUAUAUUAUUGUAUAGAAAAGUGCGAGAACGUACAACGAUGAUGAGUAUAUGCAUGAUUGUAAUAACUGAUUAAUAUACAUUGCAAAGAAUGAUCUCGUUUUUUUCUUUUUAUAUAUAAGUGUAUAAGAUUAAGAGAGACUUAUGUAUUAAAAUAGACAUCAGAACUUAUACUAAAUAAAGAUGAAUAUACAGUC